AUGUCUACUGAACAAGAAGCACCCAAUAACUUAGGUCAUAAUGUUCUCUCCGGUCUACAUAAACGAUUACAUUCUCUUGACUAUACAGACGAAGAGUCUACCAGAUCCAACAAUAACAAUAAUAAUAAUUCUGUGGAGCAACAGCCACAAUUAACACAACAACGGGAUGCCGGGGAUGUUCUCGGCAAUAGAUUGUAUAGCGUUUAUAAACGUUUUGAAGGUCUUUUCAAUAUUGGAAGCAACGCUGUGAUGUGUAGAAGGUGUCUUCAUAGAACUGAUAAAGACCCUGAGUAA